AGCAGAAAGAGAUCUUUCAGUCUUUCCCAUGGAUUGUAAAUAUGUUUGAUUUAAGCCCAUACCAUUUCUAUAAAGUCAUUGAGAUUAUCAUACGAGCUGAAGAAGGCCUAUCACGAGAUGUUGUAAAACAUUUAAAUCAUAUUGAAGAAACGAUUCUCGAAUCGCUGGCAUGGAGGAGUGAGUCUCCGUUAUGGGAUGCCAUCAGAGAACAAGAAUCAGGAGUACCUACUUGUGAAGAAGUGACGCCAGCUAAUCAUGUAGAUCUAGGAAACUCGUCCAACAAUUCACCUCUUCUACAUCCACGUAUUAAAACACUUACUGUUGAAGCUGGUAAACAAACAUUAUCGCCCGUCAGAGUUAUCAAAACUUCAGAUCCAUUAUUGUCCCCUACAGGCCCCACGAUAUCCGAUCGUUUCAGCUCUCCACAGCCUGGAACUGCCAGACGACAACUGUUUACGGCUAAAUCAGAAUCGACCACACAGACUCCUACACAGACAAUACUUCAAAAACAACUGGCUGCUGGAGCGUCGGAAACAGUGGUUAUCCCUCAACAAGGAGAAUCAAUGAUCGCUGUCAUAGUGGACGGACGACAGGUUUUGAUACCACUUCAGUCCAUUAUACAAGCUCGAGUCAUGUCCACACCAGAAAAGUCACCAGCUAAACAUUUUAAACCAAAGAAAACUGGUUCACUAGCUUUAUUCUUCAGAAAGGUAACUGGUAAACCAGUAACUUUCCAGAAUAUCAUGAAGUGCUAUCGAUAUCAACCUCAAUCACAUAGUCAUAUUUAUAGAAGUGUGUUAUUAAGUGGACGAAGACGUCAUACGUCUGGAUCCAGUGAAGGAAGUAAAAGUGCUGCAAGUGGGACGUCCUCGCCCGUUAAUACAGAAAAAGAGGAUAAAAAGAGAGAUGUUGGUAAUAUUAGAUCUUCAAGUACCCUUCCAAUCCCUCAACCUAACAGUCAGCCCCCAACUCCAACUAAAUUAAUUGGGGCUGCUGCUACGUUUGAUUUUGGUGAAGAACGAGGAGAUCUUAUACAAUUUUAUAAUAUGGUUUUUGUAGACAAAUUACGAGAGUUUGCUUUACAGUUUUCACAGACUCAGAGUAACAAACAGCCCUGCUUAUCUCCCCUACCAUCAGUUCGUUCCCACAUCGUAUCACCUCGUCGUGUUACAACAAGUUGUCCAGUGUACAUAUCCCCUCAUAAAGCUCAGAAUAGAGUCGACUCACCUAAGGGCAUGUCGUUCUGUAUCAAUAAAAGUCCAGCUAAUGACCUCCGUGCCAUUAAUAAUAUGAUAAAAAUGGGAGAAAAGAAAAUAACUGGAAAGAGAUUAUUGGAGGUGGAUCGCGAUGACGAUUCACUCGAUAGUCCGUCGAAACGAAUCUGUCAGGGUAAUUUUCUACGAAGAUUACAAAAUGUCAACAUGGAUCGGAAAGAGGCUAAUGGACUCACAAGUUAGAAUGCUGAUCGAGAUGGACUCGAGAGUUUAUUGACAUCUGAUAUCAACCAGUGGAAUCCUGUGUUACAAAGUUGAUUGUCAUGUGAUAUCAUCCAAUGAACACUUGAGUUAAAAAGAUGAUUGACAUCAGAUGUCAUCCAGGAAACUUGAGAGUUGAUUGACAUUUGAUAUCAUUCAGUGGACUCGCGAGCUCGAAAAGAAAUUUGAUUAACAUUUAUUAUCAUCUAUUGAAAUUGUCCGAUUUAUUCUCUAUACGUGUGUUUGUCAUCUGAUGGACUUUCUUACCAGCGUAAAACAGAUGUUUCGAUGAAUCGACUAGUUUAUUUAUUUUAUAAAGUGUAUUUUAUUUGGAGUCUUUAAGUCCCACCAAUCAAUGAGUCCAGUUAAAUUUGAAGUCGUGGAUGGACUUCCAAAUAUGGUAAUUGUUAAUAUCUCAUGUUUAAAGGAACUCAGAAAAAAAUGAAUGGUUGGUUUUAUUUUAAGUUCCACCAAUCAUUGAAUCUGUUAGUGUUGAAGUCGUGUAUGGACUUCCAAAUAUGGUAAUUGUUUACAUGUAUAUUUCACGGAACUCAGAAAAAAUGAAAUUGCUAGUUUUAUUGAGACUGAACUUGCUAGGUGUAUAGAAUCGUCAAACUGUUUUAUAAGUAUACGUAUGGGCACAAUAAACUAAGGGGUCAUUGAAUUUAAAAAAAUGAACAAUUGUUAUUCUUUAACGUGUUAUUAUAAGCCAGGAAAUGUUUAAAAUCUUUAUUUAACAUAUUACAUGCUAGGAAAUAGGGGUACCUGUCAGACAUAUUGGUCAGGUACGUCCAAAAUCGUUAUUCCUCAGGCCAGUAUUAUCGAUUAGGUAUAUUCCGGAGCUUUAUUCACAAAUACUUCAACUAAAAUAUUUGAGGAAUUCAUUUCUUUCAUUGGUUGAUAUACAUGUGCAGAUAGCCAAAAUUUGUACUAGGAUUUUAUCUCUCAACCAAUGAAAAAGCUUCCUCGUGAAUUACUCCCCAGGUGGUUAAUAUUGGUCAGGUAUAUCAACACCUGUAUUAUUGAACAGGUAUAUCAAUAUUUGGAGUAUUAUUUCAAUUUAAGGUCCUAUAAAAAAAAAUAUUCUCAUAUUCAGAUAAUCUUGCACCAUGAAAAAAUGCAGCAUGAUCUGGGGUUUUUUUUUUUUUGGAAAGAAUUGUCUAAGAACCAGAAUAUUACUUUUGUAUGGAAUAAAUAAAAUCCUGAAUCAAGUAGACCUAUAUGUAGAAAGGACUUACUUGAAUCGAAAAAAGACCAAAAUAUAUUAUUUGUUUGAACUGAGACAAAGAGUGAAAUGAAGAUGAAAAAAUACUAAUUCAAAUGGCAAUAAUUUCAGUCAGGAUGAAUGGAUUUGAGUAUUUUUUUAACAAAACAUUUUUAUAUAUUACAUCAAUUUGUGUUUUGAGUUGAUUUUUAGUAGACUCUUAAUUUUUUUUUUUAUUGUGAUGUACUGCUCCUUUAAUGCCAACAUGAUUGAAACAAUCUUUAGUAACCUGUGUACAUUAUGUUCCAAAUACAUUAGAAGUUGGGUUGGUCUUGUGGUCUAAUUCAUAUUCUUUUAGAUUAUAACAUCGGUCAUGUAACUCGCAUGCGCUGAAGUAACCUUGCUACUGAAAUUCGAAUACAAGUAAAAAGCAAACAAUAGGAAUAACCGCGCCGUCUCCCAUGUACAAAUGGAGUUUAAUGUCCACUCAACACAAACUAGGUCAUUUCAGGUCUAAAAUUGUUCAAUUUUGUUUCAAUUAUUCGUAGUGGGAGGAAUCCGGAGAUGCUGGAUAGGCGACCCUAUGCCUUGUCACGUACAAAUGAGGAAUCUAAACCACAUGAUGACAUCACUUGUCUCAGUGAUAGACCUUAUGAUCUAAAGUGCAAGCCUUAGACCAAUCAACAACUUAACUCCCCUGAUCGUCAUAGUGUAAAGAUUGGAAUUUAAUAAUAGCAUAAUGUACAGUGUAUUUUAGAUCAACUUUUAAAGGGCACUGGUUAGUUUUCUACACCAUAUUUUUUUUACAGAUAUUUUAAACGUGUUCGUAAGUUGAUCGAACCUGUUUACUUUUUUUUUUAUAAUGCAACAAAUGGUCUUAACUGGGCAUUUUCUGUUCUUUUUUUGUAUAUUCUACAAAACAUUUCAUAAAUUUUUAAUAGAUUUUGAAUGCACCCCUUGGCUAGUUAAAAAGGACACAACAUGUUGUAUUUGGGUGAUGUGGUUAGAUUUGAUGUGUGUAUUUUACAAGAUAAAUACCUUUCAACAUGUCUGGGUGUGACCAACACGUUAAAUGCCUGCAUGUCGGCAGUUGUUUGGAUGCAAGUUUCAAUCGAAUGUUUGUAUUUGAUUUGGUAUCGGAGUGGCCAAGACAUCAAACAUGUUAACGUCAUCUGUGGUUUGAAUACAAGUCUCGAUAGAAUGCUUGUAUUUGGAAACAAGUUAGUUUGACUGAGAAAUGCAUAUAUUUAAGUGGCCCCAGCUCCGAUGUUAAAAUGUAACUAUCAACAACAAUCAGAUCCAAUGAAAUGUGAAGAUGGCUAGUGCACUUUUAUUAUUUUGUAUAAGAAUCAUUUUAUUUGCUAGAUUUUUUUAUCGAUUAUCAUAAAUUUUUGUAUUUAUUAUUAGUCUUUUAUGUAUAUUAACCAAGUGGAAUUGUUGUAAGAAAGUGGUUAUAAAUGGUGCAUGCUUGCCGAUUUUGUGUUUACAUAUAUAUUUGAAAAUAGUUUUAUGUUGUCAUGGAAACAUUUUAAGGAGGUGUUAUCACUCUAAGCAAGAAAAUAAAUGUAAUAACACCUUGAAUUCACCAAGUUAUCGAAAAAUCUAAGUACUGGCCUAAUUUUAGUAACACAUAUUUUUUUUUAAAAAGUUUGAUUGAACUCCCUGAAAACCGCAAAAAAGUUUCGACUCGUGACUUAAAACGUUUGUAUUUCUACCAUUUUGUAUGGAUCUUUAUAGUCGAAUCAUGGCAAAGCAAAAUUACCAGCCAGCACUAAUCCCUCUUAUCCACUGAAAGGUUGAAGAAGCUGAAAAUUAUAAACAAUGUUUUUGGACUCCUCUAAUUGUCAAAUUAUCUUUAAGACUCUCCCAAUUAUCAAAGAAAUUCUAGACUCACUGUAUUAUCUGAAAUAUAUUUAGACUCAAAAUCAAUUUAAUAAAAUAUUAUGAAAAAUAUAUUUUGACUCGCCUUUACUCACCCAAUCAUCAAAAACAUUUUUACAUUUCAAAAUAUCUUCAAACUCUCAAAUUAUCACAAAUCAAUAAUAACGGAUGUACUGUUUAAAAAAAAAAUUAAAAUGUCUUAGGAGGGGGAGGUGGGGAUACCAGGAUUGAAUCCCGGACCUCCUGCAUUGUGAACUAGUACCUUAACCACUGAGCCACUGUGGCUAGAAAACGAUGUAAAAUUAAACAAUUUACUGUUAAAUAUGCUACUCUUGUCUGGUUUAUCAGUCUGUAUAAAAUAUGACAUAGUUUAUGUAUAAAGAAAAAGAGCGUGGUUAAACUUAAUGUCCAUCAAAACAAUCAACUAAAGAAAAAAUAACCCUAUGUUAGUCUCAUAAUGACCAUUGUAUUGUGUGGACGAGACGUUUAACCCCACUCCUAUCUUAUCUAUUACACAUAAAAACUAUAAUUUUAGCUGUGUUUCUCAUCUUUUAAGAUUAAAUACUUUGAAAGUCUAAUUUUUUUACCGUGUAGAUUCUUUGAAAGUCUUAAUUUUUUUACAUGUAAAUUGUUUAGUAAUUGAACUGGAAUACACAGAUCACCAUUUAUAGAAUACAAGCAAUGAUUAGAGAAGCUUAGUUGAAACCCCGCUCAGUAACAAACAGUAGUUGUAUUCCAUAGAAUGGUGGCCUGUCCAUGUAAAUUGUCUGACAGUGAAAUUCUCAAGUCGGUCAAAUUUCACUGUCAUUCCGUCAAGACUGGUGAUUAUGUUGGAAUUAAAAGCCCUGAUUGUGACUGUAUCAGAUCCGUAUCCAAUAAAAUCGUAUUAUUCUUGGACAUUCUAAUUCUGAGUCGGCCAAUUUUCAUGAGAGUCAUGCUUACUGUGUGCCAUCCAUAUUGAAUAAAACCAUAAUAUGUAAAUUGUCAGACAGGAAAGUUCUCCGGUCGGUCAGUUUUUACUGUCAUUAUGUCUGGUGAAUGCAACUGAAUUGAGAUCCUUGUGAUUGUAUUAAAUCCAUAUUGAAUAAAAUCAAAUAUAUUGUGUACAUAUCAACAGGGACAUAGACAUGCGUAAAUAGUGUAAACUAAAAAAAAACCUGUAAAAAUAAAAAAAUUAAUAUAAUAAAAACUGAAAAAAGAAUAAUAAAAAUGUAUAAAUGGAGAA